UGUCGCGGAUCCAGAUAAAGGCGUGCGUGUGUACGUGUGAGGUUUGAGUGGGAUGGAUUCGGCAGAGUCAUUGUGCUCCUUAGCCAUUCGAAGUCUCACUUGCAUUGUAGGCUUGUGGGUGGGGAGAAAUUGUGAUAGAAGUUACGGGCCCUGUCCUGCAACUCAGGAUUGUGUGUCGCUCUAAAGUUGAAUUCAGUUAUUGGCAGGUAUGCCAGCGUAUUGUUUGGUGCCUGGGUGUAGGCCCUCUUCUCGCCGUGUUUCCUAUCAUUCUCUGCCAAGGAACCAGGAGCUAGCAAAACAUUGGUUGGAAUUAUGUGGCCGCACAGAUUUAAUUGGCAGCAAAUCAGCAACAAAUGCCAAAAUAUGCUCAGCACAUUUCCGCAAGUCAGAUUUUAAGAAUCACUAUCAGUACACUCUUAUGACAUCAGGAAGUUCUGCAGCAAGACCUCGUCUUAAGAAUGAUGCAGUGCCAACAUUUGUCACCCUUGGAUGGAGGAAAAUCAGAACUGCUCCUGUGAGCAUUCGUCCAGCUUGCAUCAACAACCCGGAGCAGGACGAGCUGCGUCAGAAGUAUGUGAGUGACGCACUGCAGGAGUAUGAGAGUGGCCGUCUGCUGGGUGGCAGCAGUGGUGUGCAACAGAUCCGCCACCGGCUCAAGAUGCGGCGCGCGCGACGGCCGCUCGUGGACGUAGUGCAGGUGGACCGGCGCGGCGACCAGGUGCUGGUGGGCGGCACAUUCAGUGACCUGGCCCUUUCGCCGGAGGCGGACGGCCGGCGCGCGGGAGCCGCCGCGCCCGUGUGGGUGUUCGCGUCCCGCGGGCUGACCGAGCAGCUGGCAGCGGAGAGCGGGGCGGAGGGCGAGGACGCGGACGCGCAGGCGGUGCGGCUCAUCCAGGGUGACGUCGGUGAGGCGGACGGCGCGUGGGGCUCGGCUUCACAGGCGGCGGAAGGACUGCACACAGCCUCGCUGGCGAACGGAAUGGGCCCGCGGACGAGCCCGCCGCGGGCCUCGGAUCCGUGCAGGCCGGCGGAGUCGGGGCAGGCCCGGGGCUCGGACCGGCUGCCGCCCGGCAUGCCGGAGAGGUUCCGCGACAUCCUAGGCCGGCAGCGUACGAUCCGCUCGUUGCAGCUGACUCUCCGCCGGCAGACUGAGCAGCUGCAGGCGCUACAGGCGCGCCACGAGGUCGACCUCGAGGAGCAGGGGUUUGCCGCGGACGUGGCGCCGCUCUUCCCGCCUGCCGACGCCGGGCCUGCCGCCGCCGGAGCCGACGACGCAGCCGGUGGCGACAUGCUGCUCUCACCAACCACGCUGGACGAGGCGCACACGCAGCUCCACCGGCUACGCACCGAGGUGCUGGAGCUGCGCGUGCGCGUGCUGGAGAACGCCGUGGUGGCCAACGAGAGGGCGCUGGCGGCCAACGGCCAGCAGGCGGAACUGCUGCGCGUGUUCACGCCGCGGCAGGUGGACGUGCUGCUGGGGCGCCGACCGCGCCAGGCGACGCACUGGGAGCCCGAGGAUCUACGGCGCGCCGUGGCGCUGCGCCGCCACCUCACGCGCCGCCAGUACGAGCACGUGCGCGACGUGCUGCUGCUGCACCUGCCCGUCACAGACGAGGUGGAGGUGGGUGGCGAAGAUCAGGACAGGGACGAGGAGCAGCCGGGGGCGAAGACGGCCCGCACACGACCUAUGAGGGUGGCCGUAACACCGUCUGACCGCAUGCAGAACGAGCUGGAUGCGCAUGCAUCUCUCUGGGACGACCACUUUCCGUAA